ACAGAGGCAAUGCACUGCUGCCCACCUCGAGAUGCUGCCCGUUUCUGGGGCACAUGCCCAUGAUCGCACAUCUAGAUUAUAGAGGAAUAUUUUUUGGGGGGCCUGGAUCCUUCAUAUUGCUGUCACUGGCUGUGUGCUGCAGCAGCCUUUCCCCUAGCUUCAAGCUGGCACUCUCCUGCCUUCCGAGCCUGGCAUACGGUGCCCCCUGGCACUAUGAGAUAUAGCGGUACAGGAGGCAAAGACCAUAAAACUCACGGGUUUCCCGGUGUUAGCACUAGCACGAGUUUGUCCCCGGACAGGACCUCACCGCACAGCGCCAGCAGCCAGCGCAGCACACCGGGGAAAGCCGGGUCCCGCUGCCCGGCACUCACACAGCUCGCCUCUGCGGACAGCAGCACAGUGAACCGGGGGCGCCGCGCGCAGACUGGCACGGAGCAGAGAGAGCGCCCACUGCACCGCAGCUCUGCCAGGAAUAGCUGCGCAGAGGAGCCAAUGGAGGAAGAUGGGAAAGAUAGGGCAAAGAGGGCUUCACGCAACAGGUCUGAGAAAAAAAGGCGAGACCAGUUCAAUGUGCUUAUCAAAGAGCUCAGCACCAUGCUUCCAGGCAAUGCCCGCAAGAUGGACAAAACCACUGUGCUGGAAAAGGUUAUUGGCUUCCUACAGAAGCACAAUGAAGUUACAGCUCAGCUGGAGAUUGGUGAUAUUCAUCCAGAUUGGAAGCCUUCAUUCCUCAGUAAUGAAGAAUUCACCCAACUGAUGCUAGAGGCUCUUGAUGGCUUUAUCAUAGUGGUUACUACGGAUGGGAGUAUCAUCUAUGUUUCUGACAGUGUUACACCUCUACUUGGUCAUUUACCAUCUGACAUCAUGGACCAAAACUUGUUGAAUUUGCUACCAGAACAAGAGCAUUCGGACAUCUAUAAAAUGCUAUCUUCGUAUAUGCUUGUGGCAGAUUCUGCAUCUCUCAACUAUUUGAAUUCUGAGAACGACUUGGAAUUUUGUUGUCACCUUCUGAGAGGGACCCUAAACCCCAAAGAAUUUCCAACGUAUGAGUAUAUUAAGGUUGUAGGAAACUUCCGGUCUUACAGCAACAUACCUCUCUCUGCGUGCAGUGGCUUUGAAGGGACUGUUUCAAGAAUGUACAGGUCACAGGGCAGCAAACAGGUGUGCUUCAUUGCUACAGUCCGACUUGCAACUCCUCAAUUUUUAAAGGAAAUGUGUGUAGUUGAAGAAUCAUGUGAAGAAUUUGCAUCAAGGCAUAGUCUGGAAUGGAAGUUUCUCUCUUUAGAUUACAGGGCCCCGCCAAUUAUUGGAUACUUGCCUAUUGAAGUUCUUGGCACAUCUGGAUAUGAUUACUAUCAUGUAGAUGACCUAGAGAUAUUAGCCAGGUGUCAUGAACAUUUGAUGCAGUUUGGUAAGGGCAAGUCUUGCUGCUAUCGGUUUCUCACCAAAGGUCAACAGUGGAUCUGGCUUAAGACUCAUUACUAUAUCACAUAUCAUCAGUGGAAUUCCAAGCCUGAGUUUAUUGUAUGCACACACUCCGUUGUAAGGUAUGCAGAUGUUCGAGUGGAAAGGAAGCAAAAAAUAAGUUUGGAAGACAAUUCAUCAGAAGCCAUUGUAACAUCUGCACUAGAGGACAAGGACCUAAAUGUGGACAGUGAUCAGCACUUUAAUAUGCUAGAAGUUAGUGCCUCACACCUCAGCCCCAGCCGCACGCCCUCCGUGUCUUCAAGAAGUUCACACAAAUCUCCUCAAACCCCGGUCACUAAUCCUGCACCUACUCCCACAAAGCUGUCUACAGACUACAGCACUCAGUCAUUGCAGGGGAUUCCUAGUAUGCAGCAGCAUGAUGUGCCAUUGCAAAGAAUGAACCAGUCUGCCCCAGCCCAGACCUCAGUAGCGACCCAGAAAUGCGAUGUCAUUCAGCAACAAAAUCCACUACAAAGCAGACCUGCCCCAAUGCCCCAGUUUUCAGCACAUGGCAUGUUCCAGACCAUUAAGAACCAGCUGGAACAAAGGAGACUGAAUAUCCAGGCCAACAUACAGUGGCAGCAAGAAGAGCUAAAAAAGAUCCAAGAGCAGCUGAUUAUGGUCCAGCAUUCCAACUUACAAUUGCCAACAUCUGAAUCCAGUUCCCAGGGACAAUAUGUUGUUGAACAGAUGUUUUACCAGCCACAAAUUGUUUCCUUGAGCUUCAGCAGUGUCCAACAGACUCACCCUCAGCAGCAACAAGCGCACCAGAGGCCUGGCAUGGUAUCCCAGCGGCAGCAAUUGGUGUCUAGUUCUCCAGUCCAAGCACCCAUACAGUCUUCUCAGAUGGCAAACCAGCACCUGGUAUCAUGUGCACCAGAACUGAGAGAGGGGCAGAAAUCAAUGAGCCUGCAAGGAAUAUCAACUGAAGGCCAAUCAACCAACAGAAACUCUGCUUCACAUCUUAGCACUCCAGCUGCAUCAACACAAAAUUUGAACACAGCACCCUCUUCUGGUUCGCAGCAGGAUAACAACCAACAGCACGAAGCACCAGAUUUCACUCAUGACAGACAACUUAGAUUGUUGCUUAGUCAACCUAUCCAGCCAAUGACGCCAAGCUCGUGUAGCACAAGGACAUCUUCAGACAGUGGACAUCAGUCAAAAUAUUCACAGAGCUCACAGAUAUAUAGGGGUUUAGAGGUACAGUCGUCCAUCAACAGUGGUCCUAUUGUUCUAAUGGGUCAAGCAAUUUUACAACCUGGCUUUACAUCGACACAUUCUUCCUCUCAACAGCCGAACAUCCAGCCUAUGCACGUUCAGCAGCAGCAAUUUAUCCAGGUGGCAGCAACACGCACUUUACGAAAAGAGCAGACUGGGUCAUCAUUGCUUCUGCCCACUUACUCCCAGCAUCAAGGGACUAUGGGGUUACAGCACCUUACACAAAGGAGAACUAAUAGUCUCUCUGAGACAUCUGGUGUGCAGUAACAAACCUGCAAACUUUAUUCCCUGGCAUCAGUUAGAAAUGUCUCGGUUUCUGCUUCCUUUUUAGUGAGGAGGUGGUGUCACAUAUAUUGCCGAUUGUGAAGUUGUCUGCUGGGGGAUGUUCAGUUCAGUUUGUUGAUCACUGAUGGAAGUGAUGGUUAAGUACUCAUAAGCUGUACUGGGAGGACAGCAACCUGCAGCAAAGCACCAUUUCUCCUCAUCUCUUUCAAGACAAGCCUUUGAUUUGAUCAGAGUUUGUAUUUAUCAAAGCACUGUGUGCAGUCACUUCCACACUAACAGACAAUUUACAGCUGCCCAAAGAGUGAUGAUUAAAGUAUGGAAUGCGUUCCUAGUCCUGGGUAUGCCUCAUACAUAGGCAGGUGCAUGGGUGGCAGUAUGAUGAAGAGGCUUCAUUUGCUCUAUGACUCUGCUUUCUUCAUGGUUUCUAGCAUUUGUUCCCUGAUUCUCCUAUUACAACAGCAGCUGAAGGUGCAUUGACUGUAUGGUUUUAAAAUGUGUAGAUGCAUUGUACUAUGGGGGGUAGGAAGUCAUCUUUUCUUUUCAAGUUACUAGUAAGUUCUCGUCUUAUUUUUACUCUUUUCAAGUUAUGCAAACUUAGCAAUUCCCCCCCCCCCUCUCUCCCUCUCUC